AUGGAGGCAAAGCGAGCGCUUCUCGACGCCACCGACGUCCUUUUCACUAUCGUCCAGUACACGCCAUCGCCUACAGACGUCGCGUCGCUCCUUCGCGCUCUGCCGCCAGCCACUUUGACGCCACCGCUGGCGGCGCUUCUCGAGCUCAUAACACCGGACAAGCCGUGGGAAACAAAUCCGUUCUGGCCGCAGCCACGCAUCCGUCGCUUCAGCGAGGCCGACAUUGAUCGCUUUGUGACAGCGAUGCCGCUUUUCAACUCGGUGUGCAUCGACGACUACUCAUUCAGCAAGCACUGGCCCACGUACGGAGCUAUUGACAGUGACGACGUCGACGAUCUGCAUUUUUUUCAUUUUGUUGUCCGCUGGGCCGCCAAAAUGACGCACAUGACCUUGGCCGCGUUGUUAAAGUACGGGGCCAGCCGGAAGACGUUCCUCAAUAUGCUGCGCAUGUGCACGAGCCUCCACACUGUGCAGCUUCCGUAUGCGGUCGACGUGCUUGAGGCCGUAACGACGCCGGCCCACUGCGUCCAGGACCUCGAGCUCAAACACUUGUACUACAGUCCAGAGUACACACUCGGCGCCGCGCCGAUCAUUGAGUGCUGGCUUGCGUCGGGCCACGCGCGACGCUUGGGUCUUGUUGAUUUCUGGACUGGCGACGCGGGUCUCGGGAAAGAGCUGGCGCUGGCAGCAUCGACGCUCUCGAAUCUUUGCUUGACAGAUUCGCCCGCCAUCUUGCAGACUGUCAUUUCGAAUGGCAUUGCGUGGACGCACCUCACGGAGCUUGACCUCGACCUCGGCAACAAGCCUACGGGGAAUGUGCUGCGCAAGCUCGUGCCACUGCUCAACGUGUCGCAGCUCCAAAAUCUCACCCUUCGAAACGUCCAAGCCGGCAACAGCGUCUGCUUUUUAAGCCUCCUGCCCUCCCUUGCGGCGCUCACCGACCUCCGUCUUCACUGCGUCGAUAUCGGACACGCUCGACCGAUGCUCGCGAGUCCUUUGCUGCUGCGCAGCGCUGACUUUCAUGACGUCAAAUGGACCAAGAGGAGCUUUGCCGCGGUGCUCAAGUGGGCCCUCCGCUCGCCGACACUCGAGUCCAUCACAUGGUCAGGCGCCGAUGUUUACAUGCGAGCGGACACGGACGCCGUUCAAGACGCAAUCCGGCGCUGCCUCGAUGCCGGUGUGCGUCGUGUCGUCUAUCGAGAGGGCUUCAUGGCGAGCUCCGAGAUGUUGGCUGGCGCCGUGCGCGAUAUCCACGCCCCAAGACCAUGUACCGUCGUCUGCUGCAUCAAGCUGAAGACGACCAAGGACAUUAGAAGCUUGUUCUCGGCGCUCGCAACGUGCACCAACGUGACGCUCGACGUAAAUGUGUAUCCCUACUGUGCCCCGUUGCAAGAAUUUAUUGGCGAACUAGCCCAAGAGGCUGGUAUCGUCGUCGACUACAAAGGCGGGCCCUUGGCGCACAGUCAUUACUGGACUGCGCGCAGCCCGUCACCACUUUAGUGCUCAAAUACAGUUUUAUACUCCG